UGGUAUUCAAACCUAAUGGUAAUAGGGAUCGUGGAGCCCCUACCAUUACGUGAUGACUACUCCCAGGUCACCCGGUCAGCUCGCGGCUCCGGGGCGGGAUCGGGGGCGGAGCGUCCGCCCAAGUCCGCGGAGGAAGCGGAGGCCUUGCCGCGCCGCUCAUUGGCUGCGGCCGGCAGGUGCAUCCUCAGCCAAUCCUGGUGCCGGGGGCGGGGCCGUCCAGGCUCACCUGGCUCCCGCGGCGCCCGGCAGCUCAGUGGCGUCCGGAGCCUCAGAGCACCUGUGAGUCCGCGGAAGUUCUGCCAGGCUCUAGCCCGGCCCAACUCAGCUAGAUCCUACUCAGCCCCCGCCCGGCCCGCCAUGGGCCCCCGGUGCCGCAACCUGUCUGCGCUCCUGCUGCUGCUGCAGGUCUCAUCGUGGCUCUGCCAGGAGCCGGAGCCCUGCAUUCCUGGCUUUGGCGCUGAGAGUUACACGUUCACAGUGCCCCGGCGGAACUUGGAGAGAGGGCGAGUCCUGGGCAGAGUGAGUUUUGAAGGAUGUGCUGGCCUACCAAGGACAGUCUAUGUUUCUGACGACACCCGAUUCAAAGUGCACACAGAUGGCGUGGUUACAGUCAAGCGGCCUGUGCACCUUCAUCGCCCAGAGCUAAGUUUUCUUAUCCACGCCUGGGACUCCACCCACAGGAAGCUCUCCACCAAAGUGACACUGAAGGUGUCAGCGCACCACCAUCACCACCACCACCAUCAUGACUCUCCUUCUGGAACCCAGAUGGAAGUACUCACAUUUCCCAGCCCCUACCAUGGUCUCAGGAGACAGAAGAGAGACUGGGUUAUUCCUCCUAUCAGCUGCCCAGAAAAUGAGAAAGGCCCAUUUCCUAAGCCACUGGUCCAGAUCAAAUCUAACAGGGAUAAAGAAACCCAAGUUUUCUACAGCAUCACUGGCCAAGGAGCUGACACACCCCCUGUCGGUGUUUUUAUUAUUGAAAGAGAAACAGGAUGGUUAAAAGUGACGCAGCCUCUGGAUAGAGAACACAUUGCCAAGUACAUCCUCUUCUCUCAUGCUGUGUCUUCGAACGGACAAGCUAUUGAGGAGCCUAUGGAGAUUGUGAUCACCGUGACCGACCAGAAUGACAACAAGCCCCAGUUCACCCAGGAGGUCUUCAAGGGGUCUGUCCUGGAAGGCGCUCUUCCAGGAACCUCUGUGAUGCAGGUCACAGCCACAGAUGCAGAUGACGACGUGAACACCCACAAUGCUGCCAUCGCUUACAAAAUCCUCACCCAAGAGCCCACGCUGCCGCACAACCAAAUGUUUACCAUCAACAGGGAAACGGGCGUCAUCAGUGUGCUCACCACCGGGCUGGACCGGGAGAGUUUUCCCACAUACACCCUGGCGGUCCAAGCAGCAGACCUUAACGGCGAAGGCUUGAGCACAACUGCAACGGCCGUGAUCACGGUCCUGGACACCAAUGAUAAUGCUCCCAGAUUCGACCCGACCACGUAUGUGGGGUCGGUGCCUGAGAACGAGGCUAACGUGGCCAUCACCACACUCACAGUGACCGAUGCCGACGUCCCCAGCACCCCAGCAUGGGAGGCUGUUUACACAGUAUUAAAUGAUAACGAGAAGCAAUUUAUCGUUGUCACGGACCCAGUCACCAAUGAAGGCACUCUGAAAACAGCUAAGGGCUUGGAUUUUGAGGCCAAGCAGCAGUACAUCCUGUACGUGGCAGUGACAAAUGUGGCCCCCUUUGAAGUCACUCUCCCCACUUCCACGGCCACCGUCACUGUGGACGUGAUAGAUGUGAAUGAAGCCCCCAUCUUUGUACCUCCUCAAAAGAGAGUGGAAGUGCCCGAGGACUUUGGCGUGGGCCUGGAGAUCACAUCCUAUACCGCCCGGGAGCCAGACACAUUUAUGGAACAGAAGAUCACGUAUCGGAUUUGGAGGGAUGCUGCCAACUGGCUGGAGAUUAAUCCGGACACAGGUGCCAUUUCCACUCGGGCUGAGUUGGACAGAGAGAAUGUCGAGCAUGUGAAGAACAGCACAUACACGGCCCUCAUUAUAGCCACUGACAAUGGUUCUCCGCCGGCCACUGGGACAGGCACCCUGCUCCUGUUCCUCGAUGAUGUGAAUGACAAUGGCCCCGUACCAGAACCCCGGGUCAUGGACUUCUGCCAGAGGAAUCCCGAGCCUCACAUCAUCAACAUCAUUGAUCCCGAUCUCCCCCCGAACACCUCCCCCUUCACAGCAGAACUGACACACGGGGCGAGUGUCAACUGGACCAUUGAGUACAAUGACCAAGAACGUGAAUCUCUGAUUUUGAAGCCAAAGAAAACCUUAGAGGUGGGUGACCACAAAAUCAAUCUCAAGCUCAUAGACAACCAGAACAAAGACCAGGUGACCACACUUGACGUGCACGUGUGUGACUGUGAUGGGAUCGUCAGCAACUGCAGGAGGGCCACAGUUUAUGGCGAAGCAGGAUUGCAAGUUCCCGCCAUCCUGGGAAUCCUCGGAGGCAUCCUUGCUUUUCUGAUCCUUAUUCUGCUGCUUCUGCUACUUGUUCGGAGGAGAAGAGUGGUCAAAGAGCCCUUACUGCCCCCAGAAGAUGACACCCGGGACAAUGUGUAUUACUAUGAUGAAGAAGGAGGUGGAGAAGAAGACCAGGACUUUGACUUGAGCCAAUUACAUAGGGGCCUGGAUGCUCGGCCUGAAGUGACUCGCAAUGACGUGGCACCAACCCUCAUGAGUGUGCCCCAGUACCGACCCCGCCCCGCCAAUCCUGAUGAAAUUGGAAACUUUAUUGAUGAAAACCUGAAGGCAGCUGAUACUGACCCCACUGCCCCACCCUAUGACUCUCUGCUGGUGUUUGAUUAUGAAGGAAGUGGUUCUGAAGCUGCUAGUCUGAGCUCCCUGAACUCCUCAGAGUCAGACCAAGACCAGGACUAUGACUACCUGAAUGAAUGGGGCAAUCGCUUCAAGAAGCUGGCGGACAUGUAUGGAGGUGGCGAGGAUGACUAAGGGACUCAAGACUGAUGGGAAGAGAGAUGGGUCCCUACACUCGUGUGAUGGAAAAUGCGGGAAUCAUACUCCUGGUUGUUUGCCAGCUCCCUUCACUUGGGAUACAUUUCUGGAGAAGAGACUGAUCAGUGAUAGCAUAGUCCUGAUUUCCACUUUAUAGAUCUAAUCUGUGUACUAGAACGAUUUAGACUUAUUCCUUGAAUCUUUUUCCUUUUAUCGCUCUUGACAUGGUGAUGAUGUCCAAAAGACCCCUAAAUUUUAAUACUUCAAAAGAAUGGUUUCAGCCUCAGAAGAUUCUGCUAGGAACUUGCAGAUUUCCUUAAGGGCUUUGUCUCAUUUUUAAAAGGAAGGGGAGGGGUCAAUUUCCCUAUUGUGUGUGUAUAUAUAUAUAUAUAUAUAUAUAUAUAUAAAUUGUGUGUUUUUGUUCCUCCUAUCACUGCACUGAUGUCCUGUGUUCUGAGAUCCACUCUUACUCCUUCUGAAUUCUAUUACAUUUCUCUGGUGCAGACAUUAUUGGGCCCUUUUAGGGAAAGAGGAUUAUGUCUUAGGCUGGCCAUGUACUGAGUGGGUAUUGUGUACUCUUAAGACCUUAACGGCUUAACGGUUUUUCAUUUUUAUCUUCUGAGUACGUAACUUGUAAUGGGCAUCUAUUCAGUUAACUUGUUCUGAGUAAGGAUGUUGGUCAUGUGAAUAUCAUUACAAGGUACUUUGGUUCUAAAUAGGGAGGCUGGGCCAGAAAAGGCAGUGAGUUUCAGGUGCCACUGAACCUUUUUUUUUUUUUUUUUUUUUUUUGACCGCCCUGCAGGACAUGGGGAAUCUUAGUUCCCUGACUAGGGAUCAGACCUGCAUCCCUUAACAGGGGAAUUGAGGAUUCUUAACCACUGGACCACCAGGGAAGUCCCACUACUAGACUUCUAAUGUUUAUUUCUCUCUAAAACAAAAGAGUGAUAUAUUCCAGGACUUGGAAUUGUGCCUAAAGUCUGUAGCCAAAGACAGAAGCUGGCAAGAGGGCACAGCAGAGGGCAAAAGUGAAAAAUGGGCUUGGAGAUGGCAGGGGCGAUUGUCAUUGAGCCAACUGAGGCUGAGGACAGUUGAGGUGGCUCUACCUCCACCCCCUGGAAAUUCUGAACUAGAGGAAUCUCACCAUGUGUUUCUUGCCAGGAUCCUUGCACCCAAAGCACAGAAUCCCCAAGCCUGCUUUUGUUGAUAUUUAUAGAAAAUGCUAGCUGGUCUGGACACAUUUGCCCCAAAUUCCAGCUAUGAAACUUGAGAAUAUUUUUUAAAUCCAAUUUGUUUUUCCUUUGCAGAGGAAGAAAACACUCGCUGAAAGGGUGUUAGCAAAGGAAGGUGAGGGUAGGAAGUACAUUAAUUUGGAUCUUCCUUUAGUUGAAAUGCAUCUUUUAAGAAACUUUUGACAACCAUAGACAAGAAUUUUAUCUAAAUUACUUCCCUACCUAUCAACUGUUUUUAGAAGAAAAGGAACAUCUCUCAACCACUUCUUAGAACUGUCUUGAUUUUUCAGCAAUUUAAACUCUAAUGUAGUUCUACGUAGAGAAUGUCACUAUAGUUUUGAGUGUAUAUGUGUGUGGGUGCAGAUAAUUUUGUAUUUUCUGUGGGAGUGGAAAAGGAAAGCAAUUCAAGCUGCAAAAAUUAUUCUUAAAUAUUUGUUUUUUUAUAAAUUUUAUUAAAGAAUUUUGUUACACCAUU